CCGUCCCCCGUUAGGAACUUGGAACUCAAUGUGCUUUCAUCAAAAUCAAUCUUGGUGAAGUGGGAACGACCACUAAAAAUGAAUGGAAAUCUCCGGCAUUAUGCAGUGACGUAUGGAACAGAAAGGAGCAAUUUGAAUGAAAGGAGGAAUUCUCCCACUGCACUCAGUUAUGAACUACUUGAUCUGGAAGAAUUUACAGUCUACUAUGUUCAAGUAUUUGCUGAAACUUCUGUUUCAGGAGAACUCUCAGACAUAGUUGAUGCAAAAACAUUGGAAGAUGGUAUGGCCUCUAACUUUGAAUGUUUUGUUAUGUUGUGUUACUUACUUUACACUUGAACAGUGAUCUCGGAGGUCAGCAUACAAAUGCUCCAGCGGCUGCCACCAUUGGUCCAUUUGUGAGCUUAAUCCUUGGAUUGUUUGAUCAGUGAAUGAUCAAUGUACAUGUACACUGUAGAGGUACGUGUACAUGUGGACUAUACCAUCGUUUCUUUUUCUAUUAAACAGCUCCAAGUGCUCCCCCGGUCAUCAAUAAGGCAGAAACUACAGCUGAAAAUGCUCACACUAUCAGAGUCACAUGGAAUGAUAUUGUCAAGAAAGACCAAAAUGGUGUCAUACUAGGUUACAUAGUGGCAUACAAUGUGAAAGCUCAACCUACACAGUUAAGCCUCAAUACAACUGAAACAAGUACAGUUAUUGAAGGACUAAAGCCAUACACAAGCUACUGCAUUAGAGUGCAAGGCUAUACUAAGAUUGGACCUUCAGCUUGGUCUAACUGUACCGCAGUGAUGACGUUACAAUCAGGUGAGGUAUAGUUCCUCAAGUGUGAUCAGUUUGAAAACACAAACCACGGUAAAAAAAACUGUAACGAAACACAAACAAACAGAAAAGCCACCGGUAUUUGUGACAAGCUAAGGAAUCCUUUUGUUAAGUUGAAAGGCAAUUUUAAUGAACCUAAUAAUGGCCUUUUUAUUAAUUUAUAGGUCUGUGCGUAUGUGUACUUCUUUUUAUUUUUAUCUUAUUUAAUUCUUUAAUUUUACGACCGCUUCUUUCGAAUAGGUAGUUUGUUUUGCUGUAAUUUCUCUAUCACCUAUACCCCAAAACGUUCGGACGAAAAUUUUAUCCGACAUUUUUUCCAUUCGAAUAUCUGUCAACACGAUGUUUUCGUAAUCUGCAAUUGUAUUGCAAAUAAUUAUUUAGGAACCGUUCUAGGUGUUUUUGUGUUGUGUUUAUCACGUUGACUUGAGUUUUUUCUAUGAAUUGUGUGUAUUUAACAAUUAUUCCUCGAGCCCGAAUGGGGUCUGAGUCAAUAGCCCAUGAAUAGGUGCUUUUCUAUCAGCUAAAUUGUAAAUACCCCAAAAUGGUCGGACGAAAAUUUUGUCCGACAUUUUUUCCAUUCGAAUAUCCAUCACAACGAUGUUUUCGUAAUCCUCAGUUGUAUUACAAAUAAUUAUGUAGGGACCGUUCUUGGUGAUUUUGUGAUGUAUUUAUUUCAUUGACUUGAGUUUUGCCUAUGAAAUGUGUUUAUUUGCUCAUACAAGCCAGUACAUGUACGUCAACCAGUUAGAAAACUAGCUGAACGCAGUGGAAUGUUAGUACAAUUUUACUCACGGAAGAGUUAAAACUUUAGGUCCAAGUCGUCCGCAAGGUGUUUUCGUGGAAGCUUCCUCAUCUACCACCAUUUAUGUAGAGUGGAGGGAACCAGCAGAACCAAAUGGAGUUAUACAAAACUAUUUGAUUGAAUAUGGAACAAGCUCAAAUAUAAAACCCACGGAGAAAGAAGUUACAGCCCGCACAUUUCAAUACACCUUAACUGGCUUAGAAAAAUUUACAACCUAUUACAUCAAGGUCAGGGGAAAAACAAGCGAGAGAGGGAAUGCGUCAGAAAUAUUAGAUGCUACAACCUUUGAGGAUCGUAAGUGUGUUUUUUUUUUCUCUAAUGUACAGAUGUCUUGGCUAUGCGUUUUUAUUUAAGCACAUUGGAGUAAUCUUAAUCUGAGCUAUUUACGCACACCUACAGAUGUAGCUGUAGAAUGCAGAGCGGCUACUUAAUCCUUGUAGCAAAGUUUAUUUAUGGUACUAAACAAACCCGACAGCUUAGGCGGUAGAGCACCAAUUUGAUUUGCACGAGGUCGCUGUUUUGAAUCCUACCCGUACUGCAUGCAGUGUGACAUACGAUCAGGGUAUAUAAUGUUAGGCCUACUCUAAUUCAGACAAUCGUUUGUUCCUAAACGCAUGACUUCUAUCCUUAUGAACUGAACGCGACUCACCAAAAGUCACAUUGCAAGAGAGAGGGAGUGGAGUGGAGACUUUAUUUGGAGAGGGUAACACUUGAGUUCUACUUUAAAAACUGAUAUAAGCUCCGUUCACACAAUUAAAUAACUGGAUUCUUGAGGACGGGACCUUAUAAAAUAUACAGUGAACCCUCCCUAACAUGCACAACAUUGAUGUGUCCGCUUUACAGCCGAGGUGUCUGCAAGGACAGCUUCGACUGCGCUGCAAA